AUAAGCCAGAAAAGCUUUAAUAUGUCAUAGUUUGAUUGUAUUAUUCCUAUUACCGUGCACUGCAAGCAUUAGGUUAUUUAGCUGUUCUACAUUAUGCUUGUGGUUAUUUGAGACAUAAAAGUGUGCUAGUAAAUGUACCAUAUGUAUCAAUUAUCAUUAGUCGUAUGCAUGUUCAUGUAUGGGCUUUAGGUCCGCACACAGUGAUUUUGCACCGAAUCCUAUCAUUUGGAUUUGGCCGGAUUUAAAAUUCAGAUGCUACUCAGUUCAGUUAGAAGAAUGUUAUUUUGCAGCGCUGUUCUAAAAUACAUACAAAACUGAUUAUAAUUAAAUUAUUGCUCAACAUUAAAAAAAACAACCGUUUCUCCACCUAAAAAACAAUAAAAAAAUGUUUUAAAUUUUAAACAACUUUCCAUAAUACAAUAAUUAAAAAAUGUUUUUCUCUUCUGUCUUCUUUCUGUGACUCCUAAAACAACGAUUGCCAAGCUGGUCUCUUCUUCAGGUCUAACAGGUUGGAAAAAAAUUACCAGCCUUUCUGUAAUUUUUUUCUUAUUUCCCCAUUAAUAACCUUAUCACUAAACAUAAUUUUUACUGGCCACACCAGGUGGCAACCCUACUAAUAGGGUUCUCCAUUAGGCUUGGGGAAGCAACUUUUUCAGAGAGUUCUGUUUUGUGCUUGUGCUCUCCUAGAGCUGGUGCUGGAGACACCUGGGAGAACAAAAGGUGGUGAACAGGUGGAGGAAACAAUGCCCGUGUCCUGUGCUGCAUCUGGCUGUAAAUCAAGAUAUACAUUGGAUGCCAGAGAGAAGGGAAUAACAUUUCACAGGUUUCCCCGGUCAAACCCUGCUUUAUUAGAGAAAUGGAGGUUGGCAAUGAGAAGGUCAACAAGGAAUGGGGAGCUGUGGAUGCCAUCACGGUACCAGCGUUUGUGCAGUCUGCAUUUUAAACAGUGCUGCUUUGACACAACAGGACAGACAAAGAGACUGAGAGAACAUGUGAUACCGACUAUCUUUGAUUUUCCAGAGGAAACACAUAAGGAGGAUGCAUGUAAAAUCAGACCUGAAGACACAGCUGCAUUAUCCACCAGCUGCUCACCCCAAAAGCCUGAAGCAGAAAAGGUAGAAACUGCAGAACCUGAUGAAGAGUCAGGGCCUGAAGUAGAAGUUGUACCUGCUAAUAAGAAGGCAAGGCAUGCAGAAGAAGUAUCUGCUAAAAAUGAUGUUACAAUUACGUUUCAAGUACCACUUCAGGAUCACCUUUAUUUCAUUCCUGAUAUUGAAACUUUGAAAAAGAAGUUGCACGCCACAGAAGAUUUAAGGGCCCGUAAAGAAAAAGAAUUGAGAAAUGUAAAAGACAAAGAAAAGCGACAGCGAGAAGCUUACCGCAGUAUUUAUGAAGAGCUUGGAAAAAGAAUAUUACAAAAUCCACAGCUUCAUGAAAGGUUACAACCAUUCGGAGACAUCCCUUUGGAACUAUAUAAGAAACCCAAAUCUCAAUACUCAGCACAGCAAAGGCUGUUUUGCCUCACUUUACAUCUGCACGAUCAAUUAUUGUACAGAUACCUGAAGAAUGAAAUUAGACUGCCUAUACCAGAUCCCAGACAACUGCACAAAUGGCUGAAAACAGAUGAUCAUAAUGCAGGAAUCAACUCUUCUGUUAUUGAAACAUUAUUAAAAAAGAGGAAAGAGCAACCAAAAAUGUAUACAAGUGCAUGUCUAAUAGUUGACACAAUGUCCAUCUGUCAACACCUCACUUAUGAUUCAAAAAACAAUGAACUGAUUGGUUUUGUAAAUUUAGGAAAAGGGGCCAAUGGAAGUAUAAGCCAAGAGGUGGCCAAUGAAACUUUAAUAUUCAUGCUUGUUGGCAUGGAUAGCCACUGGAGUGCCCUUGUUGCCUAUUUUUUUAUUAAAACUCUAACUGCAGGAGCACAACAUCAGCUUCUCUUGGGUGUAAUGCAUGAACUUUCUGAUAACGGUUUUGAAAUUGUAUGUGUUACAAUGGAGAGGCAUGAGAGGAAUGAAGAAAUGUGUGCUCUCCUUGGCUGUACAUUUGAUGAUCCAAAGAACCUGAGAUCAAGUUUUUCAUUGCCAGAUAGUCAGUACAAACAUUAUAUUAUGUUUGAUGUGAACAAGGAACAGCAGAUGGUAUCUGACAUGCUAGAAGAGGCUGGCAAUAUUUUAAGCCCUGAAGGACCAGUUAUUUGGCAGUAUAUCACAGAUCUAUUAAGCUUGGACAAAAUGUCACUAAUGCACACUAGUGCUGAUCAGUUCUCUGUUGAUGCGGAGCCUCAGCUGAUGAAGAUUAAGUUAAUGGUGAACAAGAUAGACAGCAGUGUCGCUAAUGCCUUAAAUGUGGUGAAUGAUUUAAAUCUUAAAAUGUUUAAGGGAUCCGCUGCCACUGUGUCUUUUAUAAAGAUUUUAGAUCGAUUAUUCAAACUUUUAAGUAGCAGAAAUCCAUGGGCACAGGGUGAGAGAGAAGCUAUCACUCACAGUAACCUGCUGCAAAAAAUGAGUGUCCUGCAGGAGACAGAAGAAUAUUUAUUAAAGCUAGCAACAUGUGACAAUACAUUUGUUUAUCAAGGUGUAAGGAGACAUUAUAUCCUUGGGCUUCUUGUCAACAUUACUUCACUCCAGGCCUUACUGGUGGACUUGCUACAUAAGCAGAAUUAUAUUUUGACAAACACAUUCAGCACAGAUCACAUAAAGAAGGUUUUCAACUCAGUCAGAAGAGCAGGUGAGAGGCAUAAAAAACCCACAGCUAUCCAAGUAAAACAUGCUAUGGAUCACCUACAGUCUCGGUGUGUUUGGUUACACAAAUAUGAGCACAGCUGGGCACUGAAGAAUGAAAUGUGCUGUGCUGUUUCAACUGUGGACUCUGUUCCCUGCAGCUAUGAGCACCCAGCAUCUCUUUUCCUAGAGGAUUGUGUCAUGCUACCUGACCAUACUUAUUCAUCAAAUGUACUGGAUGUGAUGGUUCAGAAUUCAGGAAUGUAUAUUGCAGGCUGGAUUGUGAGGAAAGCUUUUAACCAGCUUACCUGUAACCAAUGCAGGCUGGCUCUUGUGACCAACAGCAUGCCGCAAGAUUUUAGAAAUGCUUAUCAUUUACUGCAAAUCAAGGACAGUAGAUCUUAUUUUGUACCAUCAAAUGGUACCAUCAAAGUAAUUUUUUUGGCUGAAAAAAGUCUCAACUUCAUGCUAAAAGAUGGCAGCUUUAGGCAUAAACACGCAUGUCAUUUUUUGGAAUAUAGUGUGCUUUCGUUGCUUGGUUCAGCAGAUGUAUUUGAACUGAAAGAACAUGCUUCACAGACAGCAGGGGGCAUUGACAACCAUUACUUUGACCUUUUGCGCUUGAUAACGUGGCUUUAUUAUACAUUUCGACAACUGUAUGUCAAGAGAAUAACACGGGCAGUUCAGUACAAAGCGCACCUCAAACAAAUUUUUACCAAACCCAGGUUUUAUUUUUCCAAGGAUAUUAACAAUUUGUUUAAGAAGUUAUAACUGCAACCAAGGCAUUUUUUAAACUCCACAAUUCAUUUUGUUUCUUGAAGAUUUCAACAUGAGGGUUCAUUUUAUUUUAACAUAUCCAGUGCAAAGAGGUAAACCAAAGUGACAAGACUAAUGCAGAAGAGAUUCUUGUAGAUAAAAACCAGUAAAUUUUGAUUUGCAUACAUGGUUUUCUUUUGCAACUGCUUUUCCUGAUCUAAAUAAUAUUAAGGCACGGUUACUAUUCAGAUUAUAAUGUUUUCUGUUAGGUAAGAAAUCUGUAACCCACGGUGUGAGUCUUCUGUACCUGACACAUUUUUAUACCUUUCUGUCUUGUGUUAAUUACAUAAAAUAUACUUCUUGCUUUUUUAUUUUUUUGAAAAUGAAACUAUGAAAUGAAACAGACCCCAUAUUUAAAUGAAAUAUACAGUGUUAUGUACACAAGUACAACACAACAUUAUUUAAUUAAAUACAUAUGUAGAACCAUA